GUCUGAUUGCUGUAGGUUCCAAAGCCGGUACAUCUUCUUUACUUGUAGGCAUUGACACAAAUAGCGAACAGCUUUUGGUGCAGGUAGCAAAUGGAUCUUUACUACAAAACAGUCUUCCCAACAAUUGGUGGUGUUGGUGUCAUUGCAAACACACUUCUUAUCGCUGCCCUCUACAAAGAACGCAAGCUAAAACGGCCAUUCCAGAUGACGAUUUUAAGUCUUACUGUAGCUGAUUUGUUGAACUGCAUCUGGCUUACAGUUGCCGGUGCAACAUUUCCUCCAGUGACACAUAAAAUGUUUCCAGUUUAUCACCAAAUAUUCUCGAGUUUGAUCGCCUUCUCACUCAUAACAUCAUUGCUCCAUUUGAUGUUUGUCUCCUUGCAGCGUUUGGUUGCAGUGCUGUUACCUUUCAGAAGUAAACACCUCAUCACCUCACAGCGCUGUGCUAUUGUACUUGCUCUAAUCUGGCUUACCAUUGCAAUCAUUGUAGCGUUGUUCUAUGUGGUGAGUUUGAAGGAAACAAUGUUCAUUCUUGUUCCAGUUUUGACAUUUAUUUGUGCUCUAUUGCUUAUUUUAUCUUACAGUUUUAUCUGCUAUCGGUUAUGGCUGAGAAAACGACUUGCAUCGACAGCCAGUUCGUCCCAAUCAGAGUACAUUCUUCUUUAUUCCAUACUGGUUACUGUCUUAUUCAUCAUUUGCACUUUCCCCGCUAAUGUUACCAUAAUGUACUAUAGAAAAUUGCAUGAUAACUUGAAAUACGUCGCAUUUUUACAAUGGCUGAAUCCAGUGAUGGACCCUUCGAUUUACUUUUUAUCCAAGAAGAUAAGGCGAAGAAAGACGAAACAAGUUGAACACAAAAAUCAAAGUGAAGAAAAACCAACACCCCAAGGCCAGAACACAAGUGAAACUACAUCUAAAUGUCCCGGCCAGAUAACCACCCGGUUGGUAUUUCUCAAUGUACCAGUAAAGUUGGUCAUUGUAUUUCUUCCCUGUUCGUAUAUCAACCUAGAAUUCCUUCCCGUUUAAGUGUAGUUAGAUAGCCCAGUCAGUGCCAUUUGCCUAUUGCAAGAAACCUAGAAUUCCGUCAUUUAUGA